AUGAGUUCAGACCGAGAGGAGUAUGACAUGGUCUGUCAGAAAGCUGUGACCCUAAUUGUUGACCUUUGCUUGCACAACAGCACAUUGCUGGAUCAGGAUACCUGUCAGGAUUUCCUCUUCCUGUUGUCUAACCAGAGCUCUGACCACAAAGAACUGGACGCUACUUUUGGCCUCCUGCUCGGUGUGUUUGUGGUCUGUGGCCUGGCCUUGCUGGGCCUUCUUACAUUCAUCGCCUGGAAGCUGUGCUUGGUGCCUUGGCGAACAAAAGCCCAGUUCCCCAGUCCAUCCCUCACCCCGGCCUGCAGCCCAGAGCACAGCCCACUCCAGCCGUCUGUCCUGCUGCCCAGUCCUAAGCAGCCACCGGUCACCAUGGCGACAGAGAAGGUGAAAGACCCCAUGGGGCCAAUGGGAUUCCUGGAGGCGGCAGUGAAGAUAAGCCAUACAUCUCCCGACAUCCCCGCCGAUGUGCAGCUCUCCAUGAGGGAGCACUUCCUGCGCCGCACGCAACGCAUGCAGCGACAAACCACUGAGCCAACUUCCUCAACUCGGCACAAUUCAUUCAAGAGGCACCUACCCAGGCAGAUGCAGGUAGGCAGUCUAGACCUGGGAAAUGACUAUGUGGCGGACAAAGACGAGAAGCCCACUAGCAUUGGUCGCAUCCAGCCAGAGCUCUACCAACAGAAGACCUUGGAAUCAGAGGAUUCAUCUAAGAAUGGCAGCAGCAAAUACUGUGGCAGGAUUAACUUCUCUCUCAAGUACGACUAUGAAAAUGAGGCCCUCCUAGUCAACAUCCUCUCGGCAGUAGACCUGCCUGCCAAAGACUUAUGUGGCACAUCUGACCCUUAUGUGAAGAUUUACCUGCUGCCUGACCGCAAGAAGUUCCAGACUCGCGUCCACCGGAAAACCCUCAACCCUACAUUCAGUGAGAGUUUUCAGUUUCCUGUGCCUUACGAUGAGCUGGCAGUCAGGAAGCUCCACAUGAGCGUCUUUGACUUUGAUCGGUUUUCAAGGCAUGAUAUGAUCGGGGAGGUGGUGCUGGAGAAUUUGUUUGAGACGUCAGAUCUCACCAGAGAGACAAACAUAUGGAGGGACAUCCAAUAUGCCACCAGUGAAAGUGUCGACCUGGGAGAGAUCAUGUUCUCACUGUGCUACCUGCCCACUGCAGGCAGACUCACGCUUACUGUGAUAAAGUGCAGGAACCUCAAGGCCAUGGACAUCACUGGAUACUCAGAUCCCUACGUCAAAGUGUCACUCAUAUGUGAUGGAAGACGUUUGAAAAAGAAGAAGACGAGCAUAAAAAAGAACACCCUGAACCCCACCUACAACGAGGCCAUCAUCUUUGACAUCCCACCAGACAGUAUGGACCACGUCAGCCUGCACAUCUCUGUCAUGGACUAUGAUUUGGUUGGUCAUAAUGAGAUCAUUGGUGUCAUGCGGGUUGGGUGCAGUGCCGAGGGACUUGGCAGGGAUCACUGGAAUGAAAUGCUGGCUUAUCCACGCAAGCCUAUUGCACACUGGCACCCCCUGAUGGAGUCCAAGAAAUCUGAGAAGGAGUGGAAGGCGAGGACAGCCAGCUUUGACAGCCAAGGCUCCUGCCCCUCACCGAGACCUCCUGCCAGUCCCUGAGCAGAGCCACCUGUGACCCAGCAGCCCAGAAGGGGGUUUCCUCUCCCCUGUUGAUCCACUUCCUGUCUGUCUGAUUGAGGAGAAACACAACCUCCACCCCCACCUCUCUCUCUUAUUCUGUGUCCCUUCCUUCCUUCCUCAAGUCUAGUACCAGAGCACUCUCAUACCUGAUCUAGGAGAUCUAGGGUCACUGUUUGCAGGUUAGUUGUGUGGAGCACACAGUCUUUUCAGGUAAAAAUUUUAGGGUUGCUGAUUUGAAAAGCAGGUGCUUUUCAGAUCCAGAGCUGCCCUGGUUUUCCUCAGAAGAGGCUGACCGGACAUCCAGUCUGCAGACAUUUAAUAUUGAGCUGUCCCGACCGAGACGAACAGAUCACAGGAGACUUUUCAACCACUGAAGAUUCGGAUCUGCACUGUACUUUCUGAUGGAGCAACUCGGUCAGAUAUCGCUUCCUGAAAGCCGCCAAGGUGUCACAGAGGGAUGCCAAGGACAUGGACAGGGUGGAGAAAGACACGAUCUUAAACAGGAUCUGAAGCAAUUUCAAAGCUCUGCAACUCUCUUACCUUAAAUUUUAAUAAUACUACUCUGUAGCAUUUUGGAAAUGCUGUUAGAUGUAAAACCACCAGGCAUUAUUGUUUAUGAAUAACACAACUGACAUGAAUUUCAAAGCUCCAGCUCAGUUCAUUGAAUUCCCAGGUUCAUCAAUGACAUCAGCAAUUAUUUGAUCUCCAUUUUAUUGAAGGCAGUUUGGGAUUAAACUGGAACUAAAAUACUCUGAUCUUGGCAGUUUUCAGCCUUGGGAUGUUUGUGCAAGCACACACGACAAACAAUUUUGCAUAAUGAAAAAGAAGAAGCAACAACAAGAUUAUUGGUAUUCACAGGACAGCAAAUCGACUGCAGUUGUAUUCCUGAUUUGAGUUCUACACUAAAAUAAUAUUUCCAAUAUAAGAAAUAGAAAUUUAAAAAGCCUGACAAAGGCACAAAUAGCCUAUAACUUUAAAAAAAAAUGGAAAAAGAAAGUGAAUUUUGACAGAACAAAAAGCUGUUUGUAGAGGAAGCUCUGGUGGUUUCUGCAAACAGAGAAACUGGGAGCACACUUUACACACCCUUACCUCCUUCUUGUUUUGACAUUUGCUUUUGAGCAAUCUCACUUUCUUCCAAGUGAAAACUCACUCAAACGCUCAUGUUUUCCAUCAGACAAACAAUCCUCAAAAGCAUUUCUUUGCCUCUUGUUCUUUUCAGAACAGGUUCUGGCAGACAGUUAUAGUUUCAUGUACCGCUGUUUGUGCUCUAUGUCUAGUUUUUCCAAGCAGAAAACCAGAAAAGAUAUGACGAUUGGUACAGUUUAAAAAAUAAUUACUGACAUUUUGAAUAUGUGUAGCCUUUGAGGUGGUGGCGAUGAUUAAGAAAAUCCUAAACUCUGGUGAAUAUAUUCCUUUUUAAACUUCUAAAUUUUCCAGGCAACUUGUCAUUAAUCCCACUGUUGUACAGGGAUAAUGCGUUUGAAUUAGACGGCCAGAUGCUCGCCCUGCAACAUGUAGCAGAUGGAGCUAUUUAAAUAUAUGAUCGCUGUUAUAUCAGUUUUCAUUGCAUCACUGUGUCCCCUUCUGUCAUUUUCUGUAUAAAAACAUUUAAUCAGACAAAAGAUGCACAAGAUCCCUGAAUUACUGUUUUAUAACCUACUGUAUAACUGUUCACACAUUAAUAUCUUUCAGGUAAAAAUACUGAUUUGAUGAGAAUAAAACAAUCAUUUGGUUUCUGUUCACCCUCUUGUAAUAGUUUUGAGGAGAUCAGCUAGUUUCUGAAGUAGUUUUGUGCCAUAAAAUGCACAAAUGAAUGUGCAAAAGUAAUGCAUGGGUGAUGUUUAAGAUCCCAUGAUGGGAUCCUCCCUUUCAUCCCAGAGAGUAAAAUAAACUAUUAGCAAUUAGCAUUAUGCUCAGUCUGUAAUUUUAAUAAAGUGGUGGGUAGUUUUGGACGGACACUGGUGAGGAGUGUUUUAGAUAAAACAGCUCACAAAGCUUUUGUGUGUUUAAUGAAAGCUGCAGAGAUUUGUUAGGCUCUUCAAUCAAGGCUUAGGUGACAAGUUUUAAGAACUUGUUGACUCCUGGUGUAGAAAAUGCAUCACAUUGUUAAAUGUUUUCAGAGACAAUUCUCCAGUCGGGUGCCGUUGAACUGUAGCUGUAGAAGAGGGCACAGUGCGAAGGCAUGAAUAACAAAGAGCCAGUCAAACAUUAAAAGAACCACAACAUGAUGGAAAUUCUGCAUUCAUGCUUGUUUUGUGUUAAUAUGAGGAGCUUUAGAGUCAUAACAUAACAUAGACCUAAUAUUUCCACUUGCUGCUAUGUUUCAUCACCUUCUUACAUUUUGCUUUUAUUGACAUGGCAACCCUUUCCAACACAGCCAAGCAUAAAAACUUAUUUUUUAUUUUUUUUUGUUCCAAAUUACCAGCAUUUCUACACAAAACUUAGGAAAUGCAAGCAUGAGUGCCACCUACAAGCUCACGUCUAAACCAUCUCUUUACUGGUUUCCAGAAACCAGUUUUUUGCUGCUGUACAGUGCACGCUACCGUUCAAAGGUUUGGGGCCACCACCGUUUUUCCCAAGUGCAGUGAAUGACCUUAAAAGAUAAGGCUGGUCUUUUUCUAUAUUAGCAGCCUUUACACCCCUUAUACAGAGACUAAAACUAAAACCAACAGUGAAUUACCUCUACUCACUGUUUGCGUCUGUCAGUCCUGGAUUAGUUUAGACCUCCUCUGUUGUUCAAAAACUAUUAAAGACAAAUCAAUGGUAUUACUAAACACCAGACCUAGAUAUUUUUUAAAAAUGUUGCUCUGGCACAUGCACGACUCUUGCUUACUUGAGAUGCUGUAAAACAUUAUGGUCGUUUGGAGCUUGUGGACAAAUACGUGGGUCUGGUGUUUCACAAUGAAGAAACAUGUCACCCAGUGCAGCGGUGUGUGUCACUGAUGUGUUGUUAAUCAUUUUUGAACAACAGUGGCGCUCUAUGGCACAGAUGAAUAAAUCUGACAGACAUAGACAGUGAGUCGAGGCAAUUCAUUCUGAGUUUUAGUCUUUCUACGGGGAGUGUUGAAAAUACUGUUAAUAUACAAAAUUACUCACUUUUUCUUUUAAAUGGUACAAACAGAAACAGUCAAAAACUAAAAAUGUGUGUAAACCAUGUUAAACACACCUUUUCUGCUGACCUCUUUUUUCUAACUGACCUCUUUUCUGCACAUGAAACCUUGAAACCCGAUGCAAACAAUCCUACAGCGGUCCCGACUUUUGUUGAUUACUUACAACACUACAUUUUGUUUGUGCAAAGGUGGUUUUAGAAAUGAUUGUAUUACUAAGAAGGGUAAAGACCACUGACAAAGGAAGUCUGACCUUUUCAGGGUUUCAUUCUCUAGCAGGAUAAUGACCAACGGAACCACCUCCAGGCUGCAUAGGGGAGAAGAGCAAUGAUGGACGUCCAGACUUUACAGCUGAAGAGUCAAAGCAAAGCAGCCUACAAGUGCACCGCGUUUAUGUCUGCAACAGUGCUGUCUGUUCCAACAAUAU